AUGGCACUUCAAUUGGUUGAUAGAUCCAUCAAGUAUCCAUAUGAAAUUGUAGAAGACUUGUUGGUCAAGGUAGAUAGAUUCUACUUUGCAGCAAAUUUUGUAGUCAUGGAUAUAGAGGAAGAUUCAAAAGUGUCUCUCAUCUUAGGAAGGCCCUUCAUGAAAAUAGCUAAGGCCAUCAUUGAUGUUGACAAUGGCAAAUUAAAAGUGAGAAUGCAGGAUGAGGAGGUCAUAUUCAAUGUGUUUGAAGUCGUAAAGCAUCCUAAUAACAAAAAUGAUUGCUUUAGAAUGGAUGCACUUUAUGAUGUAUGCUUAGAAUUCAAAGAGACAAUUGUAGUAACAUACCCUCGAGAAGGUUUUGACAAAUCAACUACAAGAGUGGAGUGCUAA